AUGAUACCUAUAAGUAAUGCUCAAGGACAUUCGUCUUAUGGUUAUGGUGCUAAAACUGAUUUUUACAUUGUAAUGAUUAUUCCAUUAGUUUUUAAUUCCUUUAGUUUUCUAGGAACUUUAUAUAUAUUUUAUCGAACAUUUUCACGAUGGAAAUAUGGUCAUAGUAAUGUUUCAUUAUCAUUUAGAUUUCCAUUUUAUAUAGCAAUUACAGAUUUUCUAUAUUCGUCAUCCAUCUUAAUAGAGUUCUCAUAUGCAGCUUCAAAGAGAACAGAAUUCAUAAAUAAGAACGAAACCAUCUCAUGGCCAUUUCUAUUUUGUGAAAUCCUUGGAAUAUUUUUCACAAUCUUCAUUUUGCUAAAUAUAUUAUUGGUUGCAGCUAUAUCUAUUGUAACUUGGUUACGUGUAGUACAAGAGCGCCAUUUGGCUUUGGGAAAAUAUGAUUAUAAAAUUUGGCUUCCAAUUAUUUUCAUAUCAUUAAUAAUCCCCCUAAGUUCAAUAAACGCCUACGGAUCUCGAAAUUAUUCGUGCGGUACUAAAGUCGGAUACAAUAAUGUAGCAAUGUUGGUUAUUGUCCUUAUAUUCACCACAUUGACAACUACCAUGUUUUGUUACGCACAUGUAAUGAAAGUAAUUCGCAAUGUUAAAGACGACAAUUCAUCCAUUGCAGACUCAUUUAAUAAACUAACCGAUAUUGAAAGAAGAACUUUUAAAAAAGUUUUAACUUAUAUCUUAGUCUUUAUUUUACAAUAUAUUCCUAUUAUUAUUUAUGACAUUUGCAUAUUUUUAAAGGUUCGCCAUAUUGUGUUUGAUGCUAUCAUUCCGGCAGUUAUAAGCUUUGGAGGAAUAGGAAACGUAAUUCAAUAUUUAUAUAAUGAAGGAUUAUCCGAUGAUAAUACUUCAAAUUAUAGACUUGAAUCGAAUGAAGGAUCACAACAAUCACAUUAA